AUGCUGAAUCAGGAGGAAGCCAAGCAGUGAAAUAGCUGUUAGUCGAGUUGGACAAAUUGCGAGGAUUUGCCAGCGCAAUUUACGUGUAGUAAAAACCACGACGCGGUUGCUGCACUGUGGCAGAUGAGUUCAUGAGUCAGGAUUUGUCCGUAGUGCCGAGUAUUUUUGCGAUGAGGAAGAUAUUUAUCUAGUGAUUGUGACAGUGAUUGUUAUACGUGACGUUAGGACGAUGAUGAUGUUUCCAUCCGAAUCAGCCAAUCAAAGAAGCUCCAUUUGAUUCGUGUCCUCUCCCUCGCUCGUAUCCAUGGGUUUCCGCAAAAUCGUCACGCUGACAAUUUUAUGGCUGAUGCAUCGGACAGAGGGCAAAGUAACUUGCCGUGAGAUGCAGUUGCCUCAUCAUUGUAACGCGUUAUGCAACACGAACCAUAACGGUAUUAUUUCUUGCGAGCUAAGAGUUGCGGUUCUUUUGCCCGAAGAUCCAAGAUUCGAUAUUUCUCUGCCCAAGGUCCUCCCAGUUCUUGAUUUAGCAGUGUACGAAGCUAGAUCGCGGAACUUGCUGCCCUAUUGGUUGAAAUUAAAAUUUCUGCCGCAAGAUGAUCAGUGCGAUGCAAUGUACGCGCAAAUCGGCGCGAUUGACAGUUACUCCCGUUGUGUGCAUCUGUUUCUCGGACCGGCGUGCGAUUACUGCGUCGCGGUGGUUGGCAGAAUCGUGAAAUUUUUCGGCGCACCAUUGAUCACUACAGGAGGUUUUACUUUCGACUUCACAGAGCAAAAAGUUGAAUGCAAAGAUGAAUAUUUUAUGACCACAAGAAUCGGAACUUUAGCCUUCAGGGAUAUCGCCAAUUUUUUGGUUACCAUAAUGGAUCGAUACGAAUGGCGUAAAGUGCAUCUCCUUUAUGCGACGAACGGACAAAGCCAAAUCGCUGGCAGGCAUAUGUGUCAGCUUAUGAUGAAGUCAAUGGUAGAAUUAAUCAAAAAGGAACAAAACAUCACUUAUGGUACUUUCGAUGUCGAGGCUACGACUCCCAGUGAAUAUCCGGAGGCCUUGAGAGAUCACAUCGGCAAUUCAUACAGCGGUAAGUAAUAUUUUUUUGUUGACUAUUAUGUCUCACUCAAAUCAAAAGCCGGACAUGAUCAAAACGUAUAAUAGAAAGAUGAUUUAUUAAGAAACGUGCAAAUUAGGAUCGCUCUGCGAAAAACGUGUAAUUUAAGCCAGAAUCGAUGUAAAACUC